AUGGCACAAGCGCAAUGCUCCUCCAAUCGACGGAGGUGCUUUCUGGACUCAAAUACUGGGACAACUGGAAGCAUCGAUCUACAGCAAUGGACAGGUCGAGUAAUGAGUGGAACCUUCCAGCGACAGGAAGCUGCCAAUGUGACUGGCGAAUGA